CUCUUAGUAACCUAACUCACAACUCUCUUUUCUUUUUCUUUUCAUGCCUUCUUCACCACAAGUUCUCAAGAAUUCUUUUCUCUAAUUUGGAUACUCAAAAGUAUGAGUAAUCCAACUAGAAUAAAAUCUAGGUUUAUGCUAAAUUUAGCUUAUGAUAGAGGAUAAAUCCACAACUACAUAUACCAAACAAUUAAAACCAAAAAAACUUUUUUUCUUUUUUUUUUGUUUGCUCCUUUCAUUUGAGCUAUUGAGAAAGUGAAUGGAUAUGGAAAUGAUUAAAGGGAAGAAGAAUUCAAACGCGUCGAUACUCAAGAAGUUGGAGGGAUAUUUAUUGAUGAAAAAAGGAAGUCGAACGAUGAUGUUGUCCAAGAGCAAAUCAUGGCAUGGUAGUAGCAAAACAAAGAGUCCAGUAGUACUAGCACCGCAAGGCUGUUUUUGUGUAUAUGUUGGGCCAGAGAAAGAGAAGUUUACAAUCAAGGCCAAAUAUGCAAACCAUCCAUUGUUCAAGAUGUUGCUUGAAGAUGCUGAAAUGGAAUAUGGUUAUUGUAGCCAAGGACCUAUUUUGCUACCUUGUGAUGUUAAUCUUUUUCACAAAGUAUUGGGCCAGAUGGAUAGUGAGAAAGAGAUUAAUGGACCUGGGUGUGGGCUUGCUUCAUGUAGUCCAUUUAGUCCAGCUAGGGUCUUGGGACAUGGAGAAAUGGGCAAGGGUUAUGGCUCUUAUGGGCUUCUCACUACACCAAGAAUGCUCAAGCUCAACAGUUCUAACUUCUAAUUAUGAGAAGUAUGUGUCUUUUUAAAUAUGUAUGUUCUGCUAGUAAGUUGCACAAAAUUGUGGGUUACAAUUAGUUGCAGUGAAUAAUAUGUUGUGUUCUUAUGUAAUCUUUUUCUAAUAGCUACAUAGGGCUAGUGCUUCAUCUAGCCUAAUUAUGACCGUAAA